GCUAAGGCAGCCUGCUAUUAGUUGACAGGCGAGCAUACAUCACUUGAUUUCAAUCACAUCUCUCUGACAAAUAGGCAGCACUGAAGACAUUGGGGGAAAAUUGCGUAGCCACUUUAGAGCUCCUAAUUGCCAUGGAAAAGCAGUCCAAGGUGGAAUUUCGGAAUGUGGGACAGAUGUAUUUCCCCCAAAGUAGAGUGGAGUGCCACUACAGCCUUACCUCUCAUCAUCACUGGACCAACAAGGACUGGAUAGGCCUCUUCAAGGCUGGCUGGUCUUCAGUGAAAGAGUACACCACUUUUGCAUGGGCUCUCACUCCUGAGGGGUACACAGAAGGAAAUAAUGCCAACUGCUGUGUACAUUUCCAAGCCUCUUACCUGCCCCGCCCCAGUGCGGUGGAGUACCAGUUUGUCUAUGUGGAUCAGAGAGGCGAGGUGUGUGCCCGCAGUCGCCAGUUCACCUUCUGCAUUUCCAGGCCUCUGGAUGAGCUGGAGACAUUGACAGAGGAGCGYGACGAGGAUGAGGAGGGCGGAGAGGGGGAUGGGGACGACCUGCUCCUGGUGGUGCCCAGAGCUCAACUCCUGCAGGUGGGGAUCCUCGCGGAUGGAACUGUUGGAGAACAGUCCGAUUCAAAACAGGCCCGGGAGGAGGCAGAGAGGGAGAAGGAGAGAGAGGAAGAAAGGAGCAAAAGGGCGAAGGAAGAGUGGGAGCGAGAAAGGGAGGGGAUGAAUGAGGAGAUCUCUGAGUUGAGGGACAACCUGAGACGGAGCUGCGACAGGAUGGAGAAGGUGGAGGGGAAACAAAAGGAUAUGCAGUCCUCUCAAGAAACCUUGUCUACUCUAUUGGAUGAGAAAGCUGAGCGCCUGCAGCGAAUCAGAGAGCUGGAAGAUGACAUCAUGGUUCUAAUUCAAAGAGGGAAGGAGACAGAAGCUGAACUUGAAAGGAUGAAGGAGAGAGUGAAAAAGAUGUCCACUCAAUUGAGGGAUGAAGAAGAGGAGAGAAAUAAUCUGCAGGUGGAGAACGGGGCUGUGCUGGCUGAUCUGAGGGCGGUGCAAAAGCGUUUGGAGGCCAGCGAACGCGGGGCAGAAGGUCUGAGGCAGGAGCUGAGUGAGAUGGGGGCUCAGCAGGGCCACAGCCACGCUGAGCUGCACCAAGCCAGGCUGCAGGCCGCCCAGCUCACCCUGCAGCAGUCUGAGGCCGACCUGGCCCUGAGGGAGGGACGCGCCCACUGGGCCCAGGAGAGAGAGACCUUCAAACAAGCAGCAGAGCUUGAUAAAGAGAGGGUGCAGAAGUUAAGCCGUGAGGUGCAGCGGAAGGAGCAGUGGCUCCAAGAGGAGAGGAUGGAGAGGCAGAAACUAGAAGUUGAGCUUGGAAAAGAGAAGGAUUGCAACAGGGUGCUGCUGAGCGAUUCCCGCAGGGAGGUGCAGGAACUGAAGGCCAGAAUGAGAYUGAACCAGAAGGAGAGAGACCAGCAGAAGAUGGAAAGACAGGACCUGCUGGACUACAUGCAUCAGUUGGAGCAGAGACUGGAGGUGGCUACAGACAAUAAGUGGAAUGAAGUGGCUCUCUACUACUCAACCACUCGUGGCGCUGACACCCCAUUUCAGGAUGAGAAACCCUCUUCUGAGGAUGAGAUGCCUGCAUCUCCACUACCCUACAGGACACCCAGACUACCCUACUGGAGCGACGCCCUGGAACGCUCCUCUCACCGUAGUGUGAAGUGUCUCCAGACUGAGACGGUAGGCCACCAUAUCACAGCCAAUGUCAAACUAAAUACCACCAAAACACAGAGAAUACGUAAUGGGAACAGCUAAAUAUAAGACUAUAGC